AUGUUUCUGGCUCAGCAUUCAUUUGGAGGCAAUUUUCUGGACCAUCUCCGUGAAAGUCGAGUGAAUGAAGCGCAUGUACAGGUAAGAUUGAGUUGAAAUUCGAUAUUCUGUGCGUUUAGACAUCCAUCUGCCUGUUUCUAUCUAAUGUUAUCAGUAAGAUUCUCUUUUUCUUUUAGAAUUUUUCGUAUUUUGGUUCUUGAGUUCAUGUGCAAUAUAAAUUGGCCAAAGAUUUGCGGAACUUCUUUGUUAUUGUUUCAGGAGGUUCUGGAGCGGUUAGGCCCCAUUCACACAAAACUUUCCGAUGAUCCGAAAGCUCGGAAAUCUGCAACAGACGAGACAAUUAUCCCGUACCGGGAGUGGAGGGUAUGUCAAGAUUUUUAGUUGGUUCCUUCGAAGUUUAGGUUUUGAUACGGAAGAAAACGAUUCAGCAAGCAGGAAUAGGCAGUUUUGAAGGUUUCUACGAAAAUUGCUGGGCUAUAAGAUCUAUUUUUGAGGAAGUCUUGGGCAUUUUUGCUCUGAAUAUACCUGUUUUUGUGAUGGGUGUAGUAGAGGGAUUUUUUGGUGGGAUCUGGGUAUUGAGCUGAUAGGAAACAUGUGGAGAGCUUAUGCAACUCUUUAUGAAGCUACCAGGAAUGUGCAUUUGACAUUUGAGACAUGAAAUUGCCCAUUUUUCGCCAGUUUUAUCUGAUGACAUCCAUUUUGCGGAUGGAUAAGAUUAUUUGAUUUGAACUUUGGAGAAGAGCAUGAGUUGAUAAGAAAAAUGAACUCUCUUGGUUCUAGAGAGUAUGUCUGUCAUUUUCAGCGAGUCUACAAGUCAAUGCCCGCGUUUUUUCGCGAUGCAAUUCCAGUCACUUUAGUCCAAUCGGCUGGAAAUUUGACUCUCUCCAAAAUCGAGCAAGUUUUGAAGUCAUACUGCGAGAAGUACGAUAGUUUGGAGGCUCUGGGAUACAGGGACGUUGAAGAGUUUAAGAACGAGUUGACCUACAAGGAAUUGGAUGAGUUUAUUCAGAACGAAAUGGUCAAAAACACUCCGUUUUACAAGGAUAUCAAGGAUAAUGAGGUAAGGUGUAAUAUUUUCACUUUUUCUAACAAGGAAAGUUCUUCUAUGGGGUUACAAGAGUUACAAGUCGAGACAUAAAUAAAAAAUCUUAAAAUUUUUCUGAUUCAGAAUGUGUUAAAAUUAGCGGCCCAAUUUUGUUUUGUAAGGGCGAAAAAGCCCUCAGAAAUUUUCCCGCAACACCACACAAAUGCCUUUUUGAGCAAGUUUUUACCAAUUCAAAUGUUUUGCUUUGAGCUAAAGUAAACCCUGGUAUCUUGAUAAGCCUUAAAAUAUUAAAUUUUAAUAAUACCACAACUUAAUAUUAUAGUAGUUCCAAUGUAAAAAAGAGGCGUUUUCGUGGUGUUGCGAGAAGUUUUGAUGGAUUUUUUCACCCUUACAAACCAAAAAGGCAGCUAAUUUUAACACAUUCUGAAUCAGAAAAAUUUUGCGAUUUUUUUUUGAUACAGUGAGGGACCUGAUCCAAUGGCAAAAAAUGUACCAUUUUGUAUCCGGGAAGUAUCAAAAAAUGUAGCAAAAUGUCUCCCUCUCUAUCUAAAAAUACUCCGUUUUGAAGGGCACUUUCCCUCAAAAAAAGGGCGCGCUUUUGAAAUCGGAGUUUUUUCACUUGGAGAGGGAGAUAUUUUGCCACAUUUUUUAUACUUCCCGGAUGCAAAAUGGUACGUUUUUUGCCAUUGGAUCAGGUCCCCCACUGUAAUAGUUGUUCCAAUGUAAGAAAUGGGCAUUUGUGUGGUGUUGCGAGAAAAGUUCUGAGGGAUUUUUCACCCUUACAAACCAACAUUGGGCAGCUAAUUUUAACAUAUUCUGAAUCAGAAAAAUUUUACGAUUUUUCUGAUACAGUGAGGGACCUGAUCCAAUGGCAAAAAAUGUACCAUUUUGUAUCCGGGAGGUAUCAAAAAUGUGGCAAAAUGCUUCCCUCUCCAAGUGAAAAAAAUUCGUUUUGAAAUCUGAGUUUUUUCACUUGGAGAGGGAGGUAUUUUGCCACAUUUUUUGAUGCUUCCUGGAUGCAAAAUGGUACGUUUUUUGCCACUGGAUCAGGUCCCUCACUGUACGCAUGAUAGCCAAAAAAUGCCGUAAAAUAGCGAGCCACAUCUUUUUCACAUAAUAAAAGGUCAAAAGCAUAUCAGGGAUUCGACUAUUUUACCGUUGAAUCGCCAAAAACAUCUCUUUCCGUUGCCGGGAAUCGAACCCGGGCCUUGCGGGUGAGAACCGCAAAUCAUAAUAAAAAUUUUAGAAGGAAAGUACUUCUAUGUGGUGUGGAGUUACAGGUCAAGACAUGUACAGUGACGGACCUGAUCCAGUGGCAAAAAACAUACCAUUUUGCAUCCGGGAAGGAUCCAAAUGUGGCAAAAUGCUUUCCUCUCCAAGUGAAAAGACAUCGUUUUGAAGGGCCCCUCACAAAAAGAGUGGGCGUGCUUUUGAAAUCGCAAUUUUUUCGCUUGGAGAGGGAGGUAUUUUGCCACAUUUUUUGAUACUUCCCGGUGUAAAAUGGUACGUUUUUUGCCACUGGAUCAGGUCCGCCACUGUAUAUGUCUCGGCCUGUAACUCCACACCACAGAAGUACUUUCUUUCUAAUCUUUUUUAUGGCAAUUCCAGUACGUCCGAACCAAUUACGAGUCUAUGGUUCGGCUUUAUCUCGAAUUUUUACUGCCCUCGAGGUGUCCCCAGAAGAUUACGGUAGCCGAAGUCAUCGAAACUGGGAUUACGAAAAAGUUCCGUGAAUUGGAAACGACAAAAGUGUCGUCCUUCGAAGGCUGUGAAUGGGUGAAUAUCAACCAUUUGAUCCAUCUGAAUGAGUACUUUCGAUUUUUGUCCGAGGGAAAGGAGGUUAUUGAGAAAGAUCGCUUCAAAAUUUGCCGACAUUAUAAAGUGAGUUUAUUUUUUGAUCGAAAACGGUUUUUAUCGGUCUUUUUAUGCCUUUUUCUUCCUUUUCGGACCUUUUUUUCGCAUCUUUGACCAAGUUUUGGUCAGUAUUUAUAUUAUCCAUGAUAAUUUUGGUCUUUUUUUAGGAUUUCCACUUUUCUGAAUGGUCCAGUGUAAGAUUUCUUGGUCUUUUAUCAAACUUUAGGCUCUGUUAUGUCUAGAAAUAGUAAUUUUUCCCACUUUGACAUCAAUUUUUAUAUUACACUUGACAUUUUUGAUAGCAAAGUGAAAAAAGUUGAAAUUUUUUUUUUAAUCUUUUUUGCUUUCAGGACUACGAAGGGUCGAGUUUAUACUUUAACAACAAUUUUGAACAUGCUCGCGCAUUCACGGAUGUAUUUAUCGAUCGACUUUUUGAAGUUUUAGUCGAGGACAAGCAGAUUACAGAAAAAGGCAUGGAUUUCAAGGCGUUUAUGCGAUUCCAGUUGAUGCUGGACCAUAAAAAAGUAAGUGACGAAGAGAUGGUUUGUUUUGAGAGGGAUUUUUGAAAGGAACGAGGGAAAUUUUAUAUAUUUUUUUUUUGAUUUUUUAAAAUAAUUUAGGCGAUUUAUAGGCCAAGAAGACCCUGGAAUUCUUUUUCAACAUAUAUGACCUCCGCGGAACCGGCAGGAUCACAUACAAGGAGCUGGAAUUUUUCUUCAACGGCUACUUUUCCAUCGUAAAGGCCGAGGAUUUUGCCUGUUUGAAGAAAGAUUUCUUAAACACGGCGAUUUUAUUAGUGAAAAGAGGAGAUCCCGGAGAUGAGUAAGCGUUUUGAGAGGGGAAUUUUGUUUUUUUUUUAUUAAAAAAAAAAUUAUUUUUUUUUUUUUUUUUUUAAUUUCAAAUUUUUUUUUCAUUUUUUUUUGAAUUUCAAAAAAUUUUUUUCAUUUUUUUAAAUUUCAAAAAAUUUUUUUCAUUUUUUUUUUUGAAUUUCAAAAUUUUUUUUCAUUUUUUUUUUUAAUUUCAAAAAUUUUUUUCAUUUUUUUUUGAAUUUCAAAAAUUUUUUUCAUUUUUUUUUUAUUUCAAAACAUUUUUUUCAUUUUUUUUUUGAAUUUCAAAAAAUUUUUUUCAUUUUUUUUUGAAAUUUCAAAAAAUUUUUUUUUGCGUGUUAUAGGAUCACAUUGAACGACAUUUUGGAGUGCGCCAAAUCCGAACCUCGCGGAAAUUUGAUCGACCUUUUUGUGAUGCAACUGGCCGGUCCCGACGCCUUCUUCGCCCUCGAAAGCCGAAUGGACGGAGGCGCAAGGCCGGCGGACGACACCCAAGUCCAAGAAGACUCCACCGAAGAACCGGAGAGUCGGCCCCCCGACGAUCUCGACUUCUUUGUUGGAACCCCACUGGCAGAAAAGGAAAAGUUGAAUUCAAGUAUUUGA